UCCUACUCUUCCCCUCUGCCGUCUCAGAGAGGCGGGGGGAGGCGGUAGGAGCGGCCCAAUAACAAGAGAGAAUGAGGCCGGGGCUGCGGCGUCGGCUGCGUGAGCCAAUGAGAGGAUACCUUAGUGAGGGGCCCCACGGAGCGCGUGUCUAGCGGGAGAGGGGAAAGGACCGAGAAAAACUGAGACUUAACGAGAGGAGGGGGAGAUGGAGGCCGCCGAUGCUGCGGCUGCAGCCGCGUCCCCCGCCUCAGCCGUUCCCGUGGACAUGCCGGCGGCUAACGGGGACAUGGGUGGGCCCCGGCAUGGUCUGGGCCUAGGCCUGGUGCCCGAGCGGCUCCAGAAACGCGAGCAGGAGCGGCUGCUGGAGGUGGAGCGGCGGAAGCAGGAGCGGCAGAACCAGACGGUGGCGGAGGAGAAGAGCGACUUCUUCGCGGCCGCCUUUGCCCGUGAGCGGGAGGCCGUGGAGCGGCUGCUGGGUUGCGCGGAGCAGGAGGCGCCGGGCCCAGGCACGGACCCCGCCCAGCUGGACGAGGCGGCCUCGCGGCUGCAGGCUCUACAAAAGCUGCUCAACGACGCCGUGCGCUAUCUGGCGCCCUACGACGUGCGGCUCGGCCAGGAGACGCUGGCGCGGUUGCAGGGGGCCUUGGCCGAGCGGCGCCAGGAGCUGCAGCCCAAGAAGCGCUUUGCCUUCAAGUCCCGCCGGAAGGACGCCGCCGCCCCGGACCCCCGCCCCGCGGCCGAGGUUCAGCCGCAGCCGCCGCCCGUGGCUCCGCCGCCGGGCGGGCUCCACGUCCCCUCCGGCUCCGGCUUCUCCAACCGGGAGUCGCAGACCCUGCAGAUGCAGGCCGAGGAGCUGUACCAGCGCGACAUCCUCCUGACCGGGCUGACCGACUGCACCAUCCGGCUGUACGGCAACCCCAACACGCUGCGGCUGACCCAGGCCCGCGGCUGCACCGUGCUCUGCGGGCCCGUCUCCACCUCCGUGUUCCUGGACGACUGCGUCGGCUGCGUCCUGGCCGUGGCCUGUCAGCAGCUCCGCACGCACCGCACCCGGGACACCCGCAUCUUCCUGCAGGUGACCAGCCGGGCCAUCGUGGAGGACUGCAGCGGCGUCCAGUUCGCCCCGUACUCGUGGAGCUACCCGGGCAUCGACCGGGACUUCGAGGGCUCCGGGCUGGACCGAAGCAAAAACAACUGGCAGAUCGUCGACGACUUCAAUUGGUUGGCCCGAGGCGUGGCCUCCCCGAACUGGAGUAUUCUUCCUGAAGAGGAGAGGACCCUCCAGGGGGAUUGAUCGUGGCUCUGACUCCUAGCUUUCCAGCUGAUUGACGCCACAAGACGCCUGUUCCUAACACUUGCACUUUACUACCGUUUUCAGUGUCUUAAUACCGGUUCUCUCGUGGAUUCUCUGCCGGAAUUUCCUUUGUAAAUAGCUCACGUUUAAACAAUGCCGUGUCUCUGGUGUUGGGUAAUUUAAGAAUUAAGCCACCUUAUUUUUUUCUAGCUCUUUAUUAAUGGCUAAAUAAUUCGAGUUGGCUGUGUUGGGAUGAAUAAAAAUGAUAAAGGUCAUGAGUCGUUUUUUUUAGAGUAGUUUGAGUGCUAUGUGGAAAACCACCAAUUGCAAAUUAGCAUUAAAAAGCAGCGAAAUUACUUCAAGACCCAGCAGGUUGCUCUUGGUUUAUUUUGUAGGCCUACUCAGUUUCCUGUACUGUACUACUUAAUGGGUACUACAUGUACCCCUCUUACGCAUUUAUAUUGCCUUUUGGCUUCAGAAUAUAGUUGUAGAAUAUAACCCUGCCCCCGAUUUUACUUUUCUCCAGAGUUCUAGCAUAGAGCUAGUCUAACACAGAACUUUCCAGUGAUUGGUUAAGAAUUUGGAAGAAUAUCCUUUAUCAACUAGGGUGCAUGCACCAGAAAACAGUUCUUUCGUGACGGUAAAUUGCUACACCUUUUUAGGCUCCUGUUAACUCUUAAAAGAAGAAGAGGAUUGAGGCAAAUACCAGAUAAAUCUGAAAGUUUUUUCUGGUCUCAGUUUUCCUUUUGUUUUUUUGUUUUUAGAGGAUAACUGGCCUCCACAAGUUAUUAAAUGUACAGACAUGCUGUUGUGAAAUUUUAUAGGAGAAACGUUCAGUCUUAGAUUUAAAAUAAAUUUUCAUAAGACCUGUAUUUUAGUUAUAUUUUGUAAUUAUAGAUUUUUAAAAAGUCACUUUAAUUAUCCUUCAAAAUUUGGUUAAGUCGGUUAUAAUUCUUGCAAGUCAUGUUAACCACAAUCCUGUCAAGUUUCUGUAGGAUCUUAAAAAGUAAUGUUAAUAGAAAAUGAGGGACUUGUUUUUAUGAAGUAAAUGAUCACUAUUGAAAAUCUCAGCACUGUCACCCAUUGAGUGCCCCCUAGGUGUAGACUGCUGUACUAGUAUUUGGGGGAAUUAAAAUGAAAUUUUUUAAAAAGUUAACAUUUAUAUACUCUGGGCGUAACACUUCUGUUUGCCUCAGUUUCCUUUUCUGUGAAAUGGGGAUAAUAAUAGCACUUACAUCCCAGGGCUGUUAAAUCAUUUUUGUUAAAGUGCUUAGCACAGUGCCUUGCACCCAGUAAAUACUAUAUAAAUAUUAGCUAUUAGUAUUAUAAUUAUUACAUAAAACUGUAAGAUUUACAUAUAUUUAAUCCACAAUAAACCCUAUUGGGUAAGGUUUGUGUCCCUUUUUUACUGAGGAAGAAAAAUAGACGAAGGAAUGUUUUUUUUCUUUUAAAUUUUUAAAUUUUUAUUGAUAUUGUUUAUUUAAACAAAUUCAUUUCCAAAUGUUUUCCUGUCUUUCCCAAAGAGUCAUCUCUUGUAAUGAAGCAAAGAAAGGUAGUUCAAUAAUAUUCAGCAAUAUAUCAUGGAAGUCUGAGAGAAUAUUCAAUAUCUUAUGCCCAUUCUUCUAUCUAUGAAAAAAAAGGUGACGUUUGCAAUUUCUUU